GCUUGAAAAUGCAGCCACGUGAUAAACACUGCAGACUUCCCUUCGUUACUCAUGCUUUCUCCUCCUCUCUCAUCAAUGGCUGAAUUAGCAUAGACUCCCCACCCCCUUCAAUUCUCCAUUUCUCCUCCCAAACACGAAAUUCAUCCCAAUUUUCGGAGGAGUAUUGGUAGUCGAAAUAAAUGUCAAUGGAGGAGGAGGGCGUUUCAGCUGCCACCGAUCACCACAUCAUGAUCUCUUCCUUCCUCGAAAUUGCCGUCGGCCAAACCGCCGAUACCGCUCGUCAGUUCCUUCAGGCUACUGGAUGGAAGCUCGAGGAAGCUAUUCAACUUUUUUAUGUAGGAAACGAUGGUGGUUUAGGUACACAGUCUGUAAAUUCCCCACCAAGAGAAAGUGAUAUGCCCCUCGAUCAUCCAAAUAUAAGUGAGAUGGAAAAGGAGUUGGUAGAGAAAUACACAAGACAGGAUGAUGGGGACGAUGUACGAGCACCUCUGCCUGUGAAAAGGGAUGUUCUAUAUGACAAUCCGAUUCUCUAUAGUGGAUCGCCAAGAGCAAGAGAUUCAUCACAUGCAACCCAUUCUGUUGUUACAUUUCGCAAUUUUGAGGAGGAAAUGAAAUAUCCUGGAGUAUGGGAAGCAGAAGGUGCUUCAUCUUCCUCUGCAGUGAAUCGAACUCAGGAUAAUCUUGCGUCUUUAUAUCGUCCUCCUUUUGCUUUGAUGUUCCAUGGUCCCUUUGAAAAGGCUAAAGAUAAUGCAAGGAUGCAGAAUAAGUGGCUUAUUGUAAACAUGCAGUCCACCAAGGAGUUCAGCUCACAUACGCUUAACCGUGAAACAUGGGCAAACGAAGCUGUUGCUCAAACCAUCAAAACUAACUUCAUCUUCUGGCAAGUAUAUGAUGAUACAGAAGAGGGCAGCAAGGUUUGCACUUAUUACAAGUUACACUCCAUCCCAGUCAUUCUAUUGAUUGAUCCCAUUACAGGCCAGAAAAUGCAUUCUUGGCAUGGGAUGGUUCAACCUGAAAAGUUGCUCGAGGAUCUGCUACCAUUCAUGGACAGCAAUCCCUCAGGCCAUCAUGUCAAUCUCUCUCAUAAGCGUCCUAGAGAAGCUUCUCGGAUGCCAACUCCUCAGCUUCAAUCUGCAGCUGAAAAUAAUGAUGAAGAUGAAGAAUUACAACAAGCACUGGCAGUCUCGAUGGAGAAUUUUGAGGAAAUUGAUGCAGGUGGCAUGAAAGAAGGAAAUGAGGCCAAAGUGAAGGAACCUGCUUAUUUACCUUUGCCUGAAGAACCUAAGGGUGAGAGGAAUCUUAUUUGCAGAGUUGGAGUGCGUCUUCCUGAUGGACGUAGAGUACAGAGGAACUUCCUCCGCACUGAUCCAGUUCAGCUGCUUUGGUCAUUCUGCUAUUCAGAGCUUAAGGAAUGUGGAAUCCGGCCAUUUCGCCUGACCCAAGCUAUUCCGGGUGCUUCAAGGUCUUUAGAUUUUGACGCUGAUUCAACAUUCCAGGAGUCAGGUCUUGCCAACUCGAUGGUUUCAGUCACUUUGGAGGAAUGAUUGCUCGGCGAGGGUCCUCAGUUUGAAUAUGCUGAACUAUAUAUGUAUCCCAUGGUGGUUGGUUCUAUGUAAGUGCAGCAUGAUGAGGGGGAAAAGAACUAAUGAUAUAACUGAUAAUCUUGUACAUACGCCACUGCUUCCUCUUAGCAUGCAAAUGUUGUUACUAUGAAACCAAAUCAUAUUAAUUUGUAAAAUUUCUUAAGUUGAA